GGUUUUUUUGGUUGCACACGACCACGAUCACCACAACAACAACAACAACAACAAAAAGGACAAGGACAAAGAGGAAGACGAGAUUUCCUCUAUUUUAUUUUUUUGGGUUGGGUCUCUCAAUCGCACGAUCUAUCCCAUAAUUUCCGCACAUUUUCCCACUUCUCUCUCAACCCAACCCUAAAUAAUCCCCAAAACCAGAAAUAAGCUUUUCUGAUUUCCCCCAAAACAAAAGACACAUAACUUUUUACGUUAUAUUUUUCUUUUCUUUUCUUUUUUUGGGAACUUUUUUUUUAAAGAGAAAACACACACACAGACCGUAAUUAGCUCUAUCCACGUCUCCAGUAAUCGGGAUUUAAUUUCCAACAACAACGACAACGACGACGACGAACAAGAAGAAGAAUACGGUGGAGGACGAAGAGCUCCGUCGUUGUUCUGUGUCUCUUGAGGAAAAUAUGCAUUUCUCAAAGCUCGAUGAUUCUCCCAUGUUUCGCCAACAGAUGCAAUCUAUGGAAGAGAGUGCCGAGUUGCUGCGAAUGCGAUGCUUACGUUUCUAUAAAGGUUGCAGAAAAUACACGGAGGGGCUUGGAGAAGGGUAUGAUGCAGAUAUUGGCUUUGUUAAUGCUCUUGAAUCUUUCGGAGGUGGUCAUAAUGAUCCCAUCUGUGUUGCUUUUGGAGGUCCCGUUAUGACUAAAUUCACCAUUGCUCUACGAGAAAUCGGGACAUACAAGGAAGUUCUUCGUUCCCAGGUAGAACACAUGCUGAAUGAUCGGUUGCUUCAAUUUGUGAAUGGUGAUGUCCACGAAGUUAAGGAAGCUCGUAAACGGUUUGACAAAGCUACCAUUAUAUAUGACCAGGCACGAGAGAAAUAUCUUUCUUUAAGGAAGAGUACACGAUUGGAUGUGGCUGCCACAAUUGAGGAGGACCUACAUAGUGCAAGAACGACGUUCGAGCAAGCACGAUUUCAUCUGGUUAGUGCACUCUCUAAUGCGGAGGCUAAAAAGAGAUUUGAAUUUUUGGAAGCAGUAAGCGGGACUAUGGAUGCUCAUCUCCGUUUCUUCAAACAGGGUUAUGAGCUACUACAUCAAAUGGAGCCUUUUAUUAAUCAGGUGUUGGCUUAUGCACACCAGUCUAGAGAAUGUGCAAAUUAUGAGAUGGCAUCCCUUAAUGAAAGGAUGCAGGAGUACCAAAGGCAAGUUGAUCGUGAAACUAGAAACUCAAAUGGUUCUCCAACAGGCGAUGGCAUGAGACAUAACUCAAGAAACUCACAGAAAGUCAUAGAGGCCGUCAUGCAAUCUGCUGCAAAAGGAAAGGUUCAGACUAUCAGACAAGGGUAUUUGUCAAAACGUUCCUCAAACUUGAGAGGUGACUGGAAAAGAAGAUUCUUUAUCCUUGAUAGCCGUGGGAUGCUAUACUAUUACCGCAAGCCAUGGAAUUGGUCUUCAGGAAAUGGUAGUCGCUCUGUUGUUCACAGGAAUAUGACUUCAGAAAACAGUCCUGGGCUGCUAAGUCGGUGGCUGUCUUCUCAUUAUCAUGGCGGUGUGCAUGAUGAAAAACCAGUUGCACGUCACACCGUCAAUCUGCUGACCUCUACGAUCAAAGUUGAUGCAGACCAGACCGAUCUAAGAUUUUGCUUUCGAAUAAUUUCACCAACAAAAGUUUAUACAUUGCAGGCAGAGAAUGCGCAGGAUCAGAUGGACUGGAUCGAAAAAAUAACUGGAGUAAUUGCUUCUUUGUUGAGUUUCCAGACACCUGAAAGAGCAAUCAUGCGUCUUUCUACUGUGGAUGGAGGUGAUACCUUCUCUGCAAGUGAUUCUGGUUCUUUAGCAGAUCCAUAUGAUAUCGAACAAGCAGAAAGUGGAGAAUCCACAGUGGAAAAUCCCAUGACUGGAGGAAACCGUUCAAGGUUUUCGGGGUGCUUGCAGCAACAUGAUAUGGUAAAGACUGAAAAGCCAAUUGAUGUCUUGACAAGAGUCUUGGGGAAUGAGAAAUGUGCAGACUGUGGUGCUCCUGAACCUGACUGGGCAUCUUUGAACCUUGGUGUCCUUAUUUGUAUUGAGUGUUCUGGUAUCCAUCGUAACCUUGGUGUUCACAUUUCAAAGGUCAGAUCGCUCACUCUUGAUGUUAAAGUAUGGGAACCAUCAGUCUUGACAUUAUUCCAAUCGUUAGGUAACGUGUAUGUAAACUCAGUUUGGGAAGAGCAGUUGAACUCGGAGAGUAGAUCUUCCAGUGCUAGUAGGUCUUCGGGCACUCCCAAGUCAGAACGACCUAGAAAGUUGGUUGUAAGGAAGCCUGGAUUCAAUGACCCCAUUUCUGUGAAAGAGUUGUUCAUCCACGCAAAGUACUCAGAGAGGAUUUUUGUCCGCAAAGCAAUAGAUAGUCAGCAUUUCCAGGCACUUUUCCAAGAGAUAUGGGAAAAUGUCCGUGCCAACGACAAGAAAUCAGUUUACAGGCACAUUGUCUGCUCUGAAGCAGAUGUGAACGCUCUGCGUGGACAAGCAUCGUACACUGUGUCGAUGCCCUUAGCAAAGAUGAUGCAACUGGAAGCGAAGGAGGAAACCCUUGAAGCCAAAUUCAAGAGCAUUGAAAAGGAAUUUCAAGAGAAUCCAGAGGGAUUUUCUCAGUCAAGUAGGACCGGGGAGAGUAUGGUCAGAGAAGAAACUUCAACUGACUGUUCUUUGCUUCACCUUGCUUGUCUUUCUGCGGAUAUCGGUAUGGUAGAACUAUUGCUUCAGUAUGGCGCAAAAAUAAAUGCGACAGAUUCAAAAGGUCGGACUCCACUUCAUCAUUGUAUCAUCAGCAGGAGAUAUGCAAUUGCAAGGUUGCUACUUAUGAGGGGAGGAGAUCCAAAUGCUGUGGAUAAAGAAAAUAACAUACCGGUCAAAUAUGCUUCAGAGACAGACCUCAAUGACAACGAACUGAUUGCUUUAUUAACAGACUCCAAAAGAUGAUAAUACAGUGCAAGCAGAGAAUGGUAUAGCACUAGAAGAGUGUUGCUCGACUGAAGUCUUUUCGCGUUUUUCCGCCUUUUAGUUGGUUUCAUAUUCUUUUUUUUUUUGCCCAUAUAAUCGGCGAUUUGUUCAUGAAGAGCGUAGAGAAUACAUGUAGAUUUUUGUUUUUUGAUUGUUAGGUUGAUAUACUUGUUUAUACGUUGGUGUACAUAAGGUCUUUUUAUGGGGUCGUAUGUUCUGUAAGAUGAAAACCUCUGUUUUGGUUUCACUAUGAGCUUUUUUUUUUUUUUUUAAUGAAAGACAAAGACACCAAUUGUGUUCUUUUGUUCAGCUUUAUGUUGUCAGACAGAACCUGUGGUUUUUCCCAUUGGAGAACUUGCU